UGAGGAAAAACAGCCACCAGAGAAUGAUUGUGUGAACCAAAAACAACAACCUUAAAAAUAUUUUUCACGAUCAAUCAAAUUUAUGCAUUUUCAUAUAAUCUUACUGCAUAAGGCGUGACACAAAAUUUGAUCUUUUUUUUUUUUAAUCUUUUGAUGGGAUGUAGAUUCUUUUUAUUGUUUCUCAUGUCCAUGUCAAUUUGGGUAGAGAAUUUGACUGAGGUGACAUGAAAUUUGUGGAGUGGUUUGAUUAUCUGGACUUCAUAUAUUUUUUUUUUCACCAUUUCAUCAUUAUAUAUAAUACAUAAAUAUCAUUAAUAUGGUAGCUAGUUAUUACACAUGAGUGUAUUCUUGCAAUUUUUCUUAUUUUUCUAUUUUUUUCACCUUUAGCUUCAAGUUUCCUCAAGGUAAAGUGGGAUUGAGUUGUAUUUUCCUUUUUCUGCAAUUUUUGGUGGCUGGAUUCCGAAUGUCUGGUGUUGUUCUAACAAAGUGAAGAAGAAGCUUUCCCUUUUUGUCUCUUGUUCUUGUCUGAAUCUCAAAAUGGUGUGUUGAGUUGGAUUUGGACAGUUUUAGAAAUAGGAAACAGAGGUUCAGAGAUGAAGUUCAUGAAGCUGGGAUCUCGGCCAGAUACAUUCUACACUACAGAGGCUGUGAGGUCUGUUUCAUCUGAUGUUUCAAGUGAUCUUAUAGUCCAAGUAAAAGGGAGCAGAUAUUUACUCCAUAAGUUUCCCCUGCUAUCCAAAUGUCUUCGCCUGCAGAGGCUGUAUGCAGAGAGCCCCGAGGCCGAGGUCUCGGAGCUCCAGCUGAUCAAGCUCCACGACUUCCCCGGAGGCGUGGAGGCCUUCGAGCUCUGUGCCAAGUUCUGCUACGGCAUCACCAUCACGCUCAGCGCCUUCAACAUUGUCUCGAUCCGUUGUGCAGCAGAGUAUCUCCAAAUGACAGAGGAUGUGGAGAAGGGCAACUUGAUAUACAAAGUUGAGGUGUUCUUGAAUUCUUGCAUCCUUCAUGGAUGGAGGGACUCACUUGUGACUUUGCAAACCACCAAGGCCUUCCCCUUGGUUUCGGAGGAGGUGGGGGUGACCGGGAGGUGCAUUGAGGCCGUUGCCUCGAGGGUUCUGGCCCACCCGGAGAAGGUGGGGCUGGCCUACUCGAGGGGCGGGAGGGAUGAGCUGUCGAGCAAUGGGUCAGAGAGCCAUCAUAGGCAUAGGGCUAAAGGGUGGUGGGGUGAGGAUUUGGCUGAAUUGGGGAUUGAUCUUUAUUGGAGAGUGAUGGCAGCAAUCAAGACUGGUGGGAAGGUUCCCCCUCGUCUCGUCGGUGAUGCUUUGAGAGCCUACGCGUCGCGUUGGCUCCCAAACUUGGGUGAAGCUGAUGGUGGUGGUGGUGAUGGUGAAGUAGAUGCAAGAAAUAGGCUGGUUUUGGAAUCAAUUGUUAGCUUAUUACCAUCUGAGAAAGGGGCUGUUUCAUGUAGUUUUCUUCUAAAACUGCUCAAGGCAGCCAAUGUGCUGAAAGCCUCUGCCUCAUCCAAGGCAGAGCUGGCAACAAGGGCAGGCCUGCAGCUAGACGAAGCCACGGUGGGCGACCUCUUACUCCCCCGUUGCUCGUGUUCUGAAGAUGGGACGAAGCACGAUGUGGACGCCGUCUUGAACAUGCUGGAGGAGUUCGUGUCCCGGGGCCAGAGCCCCCCCACGAGCCCCCCCAGGGGCGAGAGGCGGGGGGCAGAGAGGCGGAGGUCCCGGUCUGCGCAGGACGUUGAUGUGGAGUUUCAAGAGAGGAGGAGAUCAUCCUCUGCCUCACACAGCUCCAAACUCAAGGUUGCAAAGCUUGUUGAUGGAUACUUGCAAGAGAUAGCAAGAGAUGCAGGUUUGCCUAUGUCCAAAUUCAUUGCCAUUGCUGAAGCAAUCCCAGGCUUUGCAAGGCUUAAUCAUGAUGGCCUCUACAAGGCCAUUGAUGUCUACCUAAAGGUGCAUCCGGAGCUGAGCAAGAGCGAGAGGAAGCGUCUGUGUCGAAUACUCGACUGCAAGAAGCUAUCUGUGGAGGCUUGUAUGCAUGCUGCACAGAAUGAGAUGCUCCCUCUAAGGGUGGUGGUGCAGGUCCUCUUCUUCGAGCAGGCACGGGCUUCAAUGGCCGAUGGCCAAGUGGCCGAGCUUCCUAGCAACAUCAAGGUGCUGAAGUCUAGUGUUUCGACACUGAAGAUGAAGCUGGCUGAAGAUCACGACGUCGAGAAGCCUUCCAAGAUCAAGUCUCUGAGCAUGAUGCCUAGCAGACCUAAGAGGAUGUUCAGCAAGCUCUGGCCUAUUAGUAGAAGUGCAAGUGAAAAGAAUUGAUGGGAUUUUUUGGGUUCAAUAUGCUCUAGUUCUUGCAGAAAUUCAUUAGGAAAUUUGAAUUCUACCAAGAUUAGAUCAUAGUAAUAUUUUUGACAGAAGUGAAAAAAUUUCUGUUAGGGAAACUCUCCUUGUGCAAAAUAACGUAGUGCAAUUUGUAUAAUGAAUGUAUUGCUGGUUAGUUGUGAUUGUAAUUGUAUGAAUGCAGAAAUUUGCAGCUGAUUUAACUUUGUUGCUGUAAAUUGAUGGCCUUUAAUCAGACAUAUAUGAUUGAUUACAAUUCUCCACACAAGAUCAAAUCUUGAUUUUGGAUCAAAUUUAUGUCCCAAACUUACUCAUCUAUACAAUACACAGCAUCUAUGACUAUUGAGCAUCCACUGCAUUACUCUGCAAAGGCACAAACGACGUCGUUUCACCUCUAGCUUUCGAGUCCUCGUAGGUGGGGGUGCCGAUGCUCUUGGUCCUACGGAGGGUCGGGGAGCGGUGCAGCCUGCAACGGAACGAGCCGGCGUGCGUCGUGGGCGAGCACAUACAAGUGGACUUGGUUAAGCUUCCCUUCCUUGCCAAUGGAGAUGGUGGUGUGACCUUUGGUAUUUCCACCUUCAUCUCUUUUCUCAUCACUCCUUCAUUUUCCAUUGCAUCAAGAAAUAAAACAAAAAGAAGAUGGGAUUUCAAAGAUGAUUUGAGCAAACUAGGUUUCUUGAAUUUAGAGUGGAUUUGUGCAAGAGUUGGAGAAACU